GGAACGAAAUUGUACAUUGAUCGUUCUCGGCAAGUUCCCACUAUGCUAUGUUGGCGAAUGCGAUGCUUUUUGCAAAUCCUCGGUUAUGGGUCGAAAGGUGGCGGAUGUAAGGACGAUGACGAAUGUUGUUGUUAUCGACGACAAAACUUCAUAA